UCCGUGUCAGAGCACCAUGGAGAGGCCUGCAGUGGUGUCGGGCCGCAGGAGUCCCUCAGUACCAGAUUACAACAUCUCGACCUCCACCCUGGCCUUCGACCAGCAUUUCUCCACAACUGCUGAGGGAGUUCUCCUCCAGGCUGAAAUAGUGUGUGGUAUGUUAGUGUGGAUUCUCAUUGGGGGCACAGAGUAUUUUCAACUGUCUGCUCUUUGCUGGGUGAUGUUUGUCGCCAUCUCGUGCUGGGUUCUGACAGUUUGCCUGUUUUUAAUUUACCUCACUGGAGCUCACAGGAGGAUACCACGGGUCCCCUGGACGAUGCUGUCGCUGUGUUUCCACUGCAGCGCAGCAGCGCUCUAUCUUGUGACAGCAGUAGCAGAUGCUCUGUCUGUCAACCAGGCCACUAGGGGGCGACACAACUACAACUGCUGGGCCGCAUCUGCAUUCUUUGCCUCUCUGAACACACUGUGCUAUGCAGGAAGCAGCUACCUGAGUUACCACGCCUGGAAAACCACAGAGGAGGAGCACUAGUUUAAUUAUGUGACCACGAACCUGGAGGUGUCUUACUGCGGAAUGAACAUGAGGAGAAUAUCAGAUGACAGGAGAUCAAUUUUCAAACAAGAUGCUUCAGUUCAAUCAUAACUUGAGAGGAGACUGUAAAUGAUCACGAUGGAAUGCAGAGAAUUUGACAGAAAAUCCAAUUAAGUUCAUUGAAGACAUCAAUCCUUUUAAAGAUGAAACAAAAACCUGCUUUCAAAAUGUAUGAGGUUGUUUGUGCUUAGUGUUGUCACACUGAAGUCAUCUACACAAAAGAAUAAGACAUUUAAAACAAAUGAAAUAUUGAGUAUGAGUGGUUGAUAAACACAGUCAGUUUAUCUUGAUCUUGAUUAUUUGCCAUGUAAUCUACUUAACACAUACAGUUAAGCUGUGGUUCUUCUCAAGGGUUAGCUUCUUAUAGCCCAUACCUCCACCAACAUUCUCCUUAAAUUUAAUGAAACUGCAGCAAAUUUCUCACACUCAUAAAUAUCAGUUCCUUAAAUAUGCAUUUUUUUCAUCAAGAUCCAUGAAUUAUUCUCUGGGAAAUUGGAAAGUUGAAAAUAUUCCUAGAUCCAUUCCUUUUUACAGAUGUUUGGCCAACGUCCCCUUCUUCCACCAAGUGCUGUGGAAAUCCUACAAUACAGACAACCAAAAACUUCCUUGGCAGAGAUAACUGUAACUGAAAAUGGUGCACUCAUGAACAGAUUCACCACCAUUCAGAAUCAGAAUUCAGACUAUUUAAUUUAUCUUCUAGUGUUCGGUAAAUAAAGCGACGUUGAAAACAUCCUGAGGAAAAGCAGCAAUGCAGACAGAGGUCAGGCUGUGAAUAAGUAGCUUGAAACUAUCCAUGUUCUAGUGGCUGGCUUUAAAAAUAUAUAUAUCUUCUCAAAUAAAGACACCAU